CACAGAGGUCAGUUGGGAAGAGCCAUGGCUACGCAGAAGCCAACCCAAAGCCUGCAGAGCGAAGCCUCCUGCUCCAUCUGUUUGUGUUUCUUCCAAGAUCCCGUCUCCAUCCACUGUGGCCACAAUUUCUGCCGGGCGUGCAUCGCACGCUGCUGGGAAGGGCUGGAGACAUCUUUCUCCUGCCCACAGUGCCGGCAAGUGGCUUCGCAGAAGAGUUUCCGUCCCAGCAGAGAGCUGGCAAACAUCGCCGAGAUCGCCCGGCAGCUGAGCCAACGGGCACGACGAGGACCGGUGGAGCAGAAGAACCUCUGCAAGGUGCACCAGGAGGCUCUAAAGCUCUUCUGCAAGGAGGACCAGCGGCCCAUCUGCGUGGUGUGCGACAGGUCCCAGGCUCACCGCUUCCACACCGUGGUCCCCAUCGAAGAAGCUGCCCAGGAAUAUAAGGAAGAAAUCCAAGCCCGCCUUCAGGUUUUAAAGGAGGAGAGAGAAAAAUACCUGGAAAGCAGAAAAAACAGAGCGAGGAGGAGCUCAUACCUGGAGAAAACCAAAAGCGAAGGGAAGAAGAUCGUGUGUGAAUUCGAGCAAUUGCACCAGUUUUUGAAGGAUCAAGAGCGUCUCCUCCUGACUCAGCUGGCAGACCUUGACAGGGCCAUCGCCAGGGGCCAGGACGAAGCGGUGGCAAAGGUCUCAGAGGAGAUGUCCCACCUCGACACCCUGAUCUGGGAGAUGGAAGGGAAAUUCCAGCAGCCGGCAAGCCUGUUCCUGCAGGACAUCAGAAGACUCCUGAAUAGCUGUGAGAUGAUGACCUUCAACCCUCCAGUGGAGAUCUCCUCUGAUCUGGAGGGAAGGCUUGAGGACUUUGUUCAGAGGAACGUCCUCGUGAGAGGCACGCUGCGGAAAUGCCAAGACAGCCUGACGUUUAAAUUGCAGGAGCCAACCAAUGUGACCCUGGACCCACACACAGCUCACCCCAACCUUCACCUCUCCGAGGACCAAAAGCAAUGCAGGGGACAGCUGAUGCAGCAGGACCUCCCGGACAACCCGGAGAGAUUUGACUUCGAACCCUGCGUGCUGGGCUGUGAGGGCUUCAGCUCGGGGAGGCAUUUCUGGGAGGUAGAGGUGGGGCAGGGAGGGGUCUGGGCCGUUGGGGUGGCUCGAGCAUCGGUCAAGAGGAAGGGACCGACGAGCGUCAGCCCCAAGGAGGGAGUGUGGGCGUUGGAGGCUUAUCACUCCCUCACAUCCCCUCGUGCCAACCAGCGCCUGAACCCGCUUCCCAGGAGGAUCCGAGUCUCCUUGGACUACGAAGCGGGGCGGGUGGCGUUUUUCAGUGCAGAUGAUGAUGCUCUCAUCCUGGUUUACACCAGAGCAGCGUUCAAUGGGGAGAGGGUCUUCCCCUGGUUCAAGAUGGGGAUGGGGGCUCGUUUGCAAGAGAUCACCCAAACUCUACCCUCAGAAGACCAGCCCACGACCGGGCAGCUGAUGUCCCCUCUGGACUGGGUAGGGUUCCAGUCUCCCCUCCGGAUCUAUAACAUCCACAUUAUCCUGAAACUGGAGGACCUGCUGGAAGACCUGAAAAAUGAGAUCGAGAAGAGGCAGGCAAAAAACGCCACCAAAGCCUCAGAGGAGAUUUCCCAGCCGGAUACCCCGACACAAAGGCAGGAGGAGAAGAACCAGCAAUCGGAUGUGAAGAGCACCAUCAGCAGAUGUGGGAAGGUGACGUUUCACCUGCCAGCAGAGGUUUCUCCAGAGUCGGAAGAAAGAGUUUGUCACUUCUCAUGGAGGAACAGUGCCCUGAAGGAGACUCUGAAGAAGCUACAAGCCAUAGUGACCCUGGACCCGGACACGGCUCAUCCUGACCUCAUCCUCUCCAAAGACCGUAAGAGCGUGAGACGUGGGGAAGGACGACGAGACCUGCCUGAUAACCCAGAACGAUUUGACUACUGGCCCUUCGUGCUGGGUUGCCAGGGUUUUGUUGCCGGCCGGCAUUGCUGGGAGGUGGAGGUGGGCGACGGAGGCGACUGGGCGGUGGGGGUGGCCCGUGAGUCCAUCCAGCGGAAGGGACACCUUAGCCUCAGCCCCCAAGGAGGGAUCUGGGGGGUGGAGAAAUGGGGAGGACAAAUUCGGGCCCUCACCUCCCGCAAAGUGACUCUGCUACCGCUCCGUUGGGUGCCCCGGAGGGUCAGCGUCCACCUUGACUACACCGGAGGGACGGUGGCUUUUUUUGACGCGGAGGAGGGGGGGCUCAUAUUCAUUUUUUCCCGUGCUUCCUUCACCGGGGAGAGGAUUCGUCCAUGGCUUUGGGUGGUGGGGGCCAAGUCCCAGCUCAGGCUGUGUCCCUGAGGCACCCCUACUUUUCAUAAAUCUGUGCCCCUCCUAUGACCCCUGACUUUGUGCGUUUCCUUCUUCCCCAUGAAAAUGCGGUGUUGAUGCACGGAAAAAAAGAGUUGAGCCUGAGAAAAGCGUGUCAAGGAAGGGAUCCUGGGGCACGGAAGUGGAAAUGGGUGGGAGAAAAGGGAAAAAUUCAACUGGAAGAUCUCUUAUAAGAUCUCUUCGGAGCCUUCUCUUCUCCAGGCUGAACAACCCCAACUCUCUCAACCUGGCCUCGUACGGGAGGUUCUUCAGCCCUCGCAUCAUCUUUGUAGCCUCCUCUGGACCCGUUCCAACAGCUCCAUCUCCUUCUUCUCUUGAGGAUUCCAGAACUGUAACCCUCCUCCAACUGAGAUUUGAAACCUCCAUGAUGUGU